GUGGUUUAUGGACUCGAGGAGCAGGAGGGCGUUCAAAAAAGUCGCCUCGAGGCAGCAGGAAAAAACGCUUAUUUUUAAAAAGAAAUACUUGACUAAAGAGUUUGAUGAACAGCGACAUGGAGAUGAACACCGACGUCAGGCAGUGACAAGAUAUCAGCCCCAUUCCGAAGCAGACAAUGCGGAUGAAGGCGAUUCUUCUAUGAGCACUUUCGGCAUCGCCAUCCGAGGGCUCCCCUCGGCGCUGUCAUCCAUGACGCAAGCUGUGACCUCGGACUCCCGCUGCAAGCCCAAAUGGCGGGCAAUUGCUGUGGCCACCCUGCUGGCUUCAGUGCUCGUGUUGUACCUUCACCGCGUGAGACUGGACGGAGACGCUCCGGUCAGCCAUUCCUACCGCAACAGUUUGCAAAUGUACCGGCAGAGUGACGGCAACGCUUUUCAGGACAUUCACAGGCAAACUAUGCCGAGACACUCCCAGCUGCAGAAAAGGGAAAAACCUUACAAUGAUACCUACCCUCUAAGUCCGCCUGUGAAGACCAACAACGGCAUCAGGUACCCCAUAGGAGUCAUUGCAGACCUGGACACAGCAUCGCGUCGCCCGAAGGACCAGACGUGGUUCAGCUACAUGAAAAAGGGUCACUUGACUGUUUCAGAAAGUGCCGACCAAUUGGAUGUGGAAUGGGACGAGGAGAUGAUCAUACUGGAGAGUCAUCUCGCGGAGAAAGGACGAGGUAUGGAGUUGUCUGAGCUGGUAGCAUUUAAUGGGCAUCUGUACAGCGUGGACGACCGCACGGGCGUGGUGUACAGGAUUGAGGGCAGGCAGGCGGUCCCCUGGGUCAUACUGCCUGAUGGCGAUGGAUCUGUUUCUAAAGGUUUCAAAGCGGAAUGGCUUGCAGUGAAAGACGAGCACUUAUAUGUUGGUGGUCUUGGCAAAGAGUGGACCACCACCACUGGGGAGGUUGUUAACCACCACCCAGAGUGGGUGAAAGUCAUUGGUUACGAUGGUGACGUUGAGCAUAAGAACUGGGUGGCCCAUUACAACGCCCUGCGGAGCGCCGCCGGGAUCAAACCACCAGGCUAUCUUAUCCACGAAUCUGCAGCAUGGAGUGAGCGGCUUCAACGUUGGUUCUUCUUGCCUCGCCGCGCCAGUCACGAACGCUACGAAGAGACCGCAGAUGAGCAGCGUGCUACCAACCUACUGCUGUCCUGCCAGGCGGAUUUUAGAAACAUAGCGACGCAGUACAUCGGGCCACUGAACCCCACGCACGGCUUUUCCUCAUUUAAGUUUGUUCCCAACACAGAUGAUCAGAUUGUUCUGGCUCUCAAAUCUGAGGAGGUUGCUGGCCAAAUUGCAUCCUACAUAAUUGCGUUUACUCUCGACGGACGGGUGUUGUUGCCCGAGACAAAAAUCGGAGACGUGAAGUACGAAGGCCUGGAGUUUAUCUAAAAAUGAGAAGGCCGCCAUUUAAUUUUGUGACAAUAACUCCUCCCUUUAUUGACCAUAAUAAUGAAGAACGAAAGCCCAUCUUAUCUAAUUAAGGCACACUGGUACACUUUAUUAUAGUUAUCAUAAAUUAGCACAGAGAAAUGAUGCAUCUCGUCUCCUGCAGGUAAACUCUGCUGGUCAGAGGCUCGGCGGACAGUCAAAACUUGUAUAACAUAAUGCACAAAAUAUUGAAUGUUCGUGAACUACUUGAAAUUAAUGCUCCUACUUAUAGCUUUGACUCUAGAGGCUAUUUUCAUAUUUAUACUGACCAGAUUUUAGAUUUUAUUUAGGAAGUCGUAAUGAAUCAAUAAAGCAAAAAAAGCGGAAGAGCUGUUUUAUUUAAAGAUUAACUAUUAAUAUAUAUUUUGUAUCCAAGGCACAAAACUAAAUAAAUGUAUCCCCAAUGUGAAAUUAGUAACGCACUUGUUUCUGAUAACCCUCUUUCCCGUCAUUAAAAAAAAAAUCGUUUUCAUCAUCUUUAUACAAAUGUAUGGAAAGUGUCCGAUUUUGACGACUUCAGCUUUUUAAAUACUGUUAAUAUCCAAUGGUAUCUUUUGGAUCUAUUGUCGCCACUACCGACUAACUUGAAUUAAGUAAGUAGUUUUCAAGAAAAUAUUUUCUAUCAGAUGCAUACAUGUUUGGAAAAUAAUAUAAGUCUAAUGAAAUUGGCAUUUGCCUGGCUAGCUACACUCCUAAUGGAGCAAACAAAUUGACAAUAAUGCUAUUUUAAGAGGUGGAAGUUUUCAGCAAUAUGAGGAAAAAAGGUGGUACACAGAAUAUUUUGUACAGUGUCUUGGUAAAAAGAAUUUGCCUCCCCAUCCAAAUCCAAUCAUGUCCCCGGCCACAGUUGUAUGAAAUCAAGCACGUAGGCAUGGAGACUCGUUUCACAAACAUUUAUGACGACAGAAUGUGUUGCUCUUGGGAGCUCAGUGAAUUCCAGCAUGGAAUUGUGUUAGGAUGCCACCUGUGCAAAGUGCAGUUGUGAAAUUUCCCCCCUCCUAAAUAUUCCACAGUCAGCUGUAUUGUAACAAAUGUGGAGGGAUUUGGGAACGACAGCAACUCAGCCACAUAAACUCCCAGAGCGAGGUCAGCCACUGCUGAGGUGCAUAGUGCUAAGCGGUUGUCAACUCUCUGCCAAGUCAAUGGCUACAGACCUUCAAACGUCACCAAGAGCAACCCGAAGCGUCAGGCCCAGUGGUCUAAAUCGCACUGCCGCUGGACUCAAGAGCAGUCACGCUUCUCCAUCUGAUGGAUGAGUCUAGGUUUGACAGUUGCAAGGAGGAUAGUACUCAUCUGACUGCAUUGUGCCAAGUGUGAAGUUUGCCGGUUUGCGGUUGUCCUUCAAGAGCUGGGCUGGGGCACUUAGUUUCUGUGAAAUGAACUCUGAAUGCUUCAGCGCACCAAGAGUCAAUUCCAUGCUCCCAACUUUGUGGGACCCGUUUGGAGCUGGCACCAUCCUCUUCCAGCAUGACUGCGCAGCAGUGCACAAAGCAAGCUCCAUCACGACAUGGAUGACAGAGGCUAUUGUGAACUGAUGCAUAAAGUCCUAAACCUUGUGGACAGCCUUCCCAGAAGCGUUAUAGCCGUUACAGCCGGAAAGGGUGGACUGAUGUCGAACUGAACCCCAAUAAAUUAGAAACCACUUGUUCA